AUGAAAAAGCAACUAUCAAAAAAAUCUCUUACUUCAACCUACUCGCCCUCAGCAGAUAUAAACGAAGGCUUUUCGACCGAAAAAUCUUCGGGUGAGGAACUUGAUUCUGCCUAUGAUCAAUCAGCUGCUUAUAUGGAGUCUGAGAUCCUUCUUCGAAUGCAUUAUAUUGAUCCUCCCACUCCGCCUAUUCGCGUCUUGGCGGUCAGAAAAUCUGCGCGUCGGAGUAAUUUAUUUUCUCCAAAAAAUGCUAAGAAUCGCCAUGAUAGCUUUUUGAAUGAAACAGCCACUCUUUCUCGUCCACGAAAUCUUGGUGCCUAUACCCCGUCCUUAUUAGAUGGAACGAGAUUGACCCUGGAUACAAAUCUCCAUAACAAUUCGGAAGCUCGUAAUAAUCCUGAUGACCUGGAUGAUGGUGCUGAUUGGAUAUCCUCUUCAUCUUCGAAUGACGGAGAUAGCGAUACUUAUUCGGAAGAGCAACAGUCUCGUACUAAAAUUGCUUGUGCCCCACAAGUGGUUUAUCUGUCAUGUUCAUCACAGGAAAGUAGCCAGAAUAAAAUCAAUCCAUAUACUAAAUCAUGUUGCCAAUGCAACGAUGAUGCUGUGUUAGCAAAGGUAGUUUUUUCAAUUUAUUUCUGUUCCUGGAUUUAUUAA